CUGAGGCCGGCCCGGCUCCUCCCGGCGUGCUGCGGAGGAACGGCUGUUGAUCUGCGGUGGCUUCAGGUCCCCGGCUCUUUGGUGGCUCCCGCGCUCUGCUUCUCCCCACUGAGCAGCUGCCUGGUGAAGACGAAGCCAUGGCCCUCCGGGUCACCAGGAACACAAAAGUUAAUGUUGAAAAUAAGGCGAAGAUCAGUAUGGCAGGGGCAAAGCGCGUGCCUCUGGCCACGACUGCGGCCUCCAAACCCGGGCUGAGGCCGAGAACGGCUCUCGGAGACAUUGGUAACAAAGUCAGCGAACAACCACAGGCCAAACUGCCUCUGAAAAAGGAAGCAAAAACUUUGGUUCCUGGAAAAGUUAUUGCUAAAAAAAUACCUAAACCUCUGGAAAAGGCACCUGAGCCUGUGCCUGAGCCUGUGCCAGAACCAGAGCCAGAACCUGAGCCUGUUAAAGAAGAAAAACUUUCGCCUGAGCCUAUUUUGGUUGAUACUCCCUCUCCAAGCCCAAUGGAAACAUCUGGAUGUGCCCCUGCAGAAGAAUAUCUGUGUCAGGCAUUCUCUGAUGUAAUUCUUGCAGUGAAUGAUGUGGAUGCAGAAGAUGGAGCUGAUCCAAACCUUUGCAGUGAAUAUGUGAAAGAUAUUUAUGCUUAUCUGAGACAACUUGAGGAAGAGCAAGCAGUCAGACCAAAAUACCUCCUGGGUCGUGAAGUCACUGGAAACAUGAGAGCCAUCCUUAUUGACUGGCUAGUACAGGUUCAAAUGAAAUUCAGGUUACUGCAGGAGACCAUGUACAUGACUGUUUCCAUUAUUGAUCGGUUCAUGCAGAAUAAUUGUGUGCCCAAGAAGAUGCUGCAGCUGGUUGGUGUCACUGCCAUGUUUAUUGCAAGCAAAUAUGAAGAAAUGUACCCUCCAGAAAUUGGUGACUUUGCCUUUGUGACUGACAACACUUACACUAAACACCAAAUCAGACAGAUGGAAAUGAAGAUUCUAAGAUCUUUAAAUUUUGGUUUGGGCCGCCCUCUACCCCUGCAUUUCCUUCGGAGAGCAUCUAAGAUUGGAGAGGUUGAUGUUGAGCAACAUACUUUGGCCAAAUACCUGAUGGAACUAACUAUGUUGGACUACGAUAUGGUGCACUUUCCUCCUUCUCAGAUUGCAGCAGGAGCUUUUUGCUUAGCACUGAAAAUUCUUGAUAACGGUGAAUGGACACCAAUUCUACAGCAUUAUCUCUCAUACACUGAAGAAUCCCUUCUAAAUGUUAUGCAACACCUGGCUAAGAAUAUAGUCAUGGUGAAUCGUGGGCUUACAAAGCACAUGACUAUCAAGAACAAGUAUGCCACAUCUAAGCAUGCUAAGAUCAGCACUCUGGCACAGCUAAAUUCUGCACUAAUUCAAGAUUUAGCCAAGGCUGUGGCAAAGGUGUAAUUUGUAAACAUGAGUUGGAGUACUAUAACUGCAAAUAAAAUUGGCACCAUGUGCCAUCUGUACAUAUUAUAUGUUACCUUUACUUUUAAUAAAGUUUGUGGUCCUUUUUACUUCUUAUACCUUAACUCAUUUGAAUGUCACUACUUUCCUACUUGAGGAUAACCUAAAAGUUGUGUUAAAGGUAUGAUGGGGAGUAUAAAAAGUGCUUUCAGUUUAUUGGGACCCAACUUACAUAAUUGUUACUUGUGUGAUUUUUGUUUUAUGUAUUUGGCUUUUGCUUUCUUAAUAUGGGUUACUGUGGUCUUCAUGAAGGCAUUUAAAGCCCUUCUGUAGGGCAAUACUGCAUGUAAGCCCAAUUGUCUUGAAGAAUAUGCAGCCUUGUUCUGCUUAAAAGCCUGCCAUCUCAUCCUUAGGACCCCGCCCCCUCUUUUCUGUUUCUUAUGGUGGUUGCUGCCAUAAUUCUAAGUUUUUACUUCUACCACUAUUUCUUAAAUUAUCAACUUAAGCUAAUAUCAUUUUUUCACUUGCAAAAAUAAGAACUUUAUAUUUUAAACCUAAUUUACCUUUUUAUUGUUUAUUGAUCAAAUAAAAGUGGAUCCUCAAAACCUACAAAAGUAUCUAGAAAAGUUAAUUUACUCUUUAUGCCCCACUCCUACAGCUCAAUCCCAUCCAUCUGAAGGUAUCAACAGUUGGGGAUAGAUCCUUCGAUACUUCUUCUGUAAACACAGACAUACAUAUAAAUUGUUACAGGGAUUUCUAAGAAAUGGGAUCGUUCUAUAUAUAAGCAAUUCCUUUUAACAUGUAUAGAUAGGCCUUGCCUGUAUUUGGUCAUUACAUUACACAGUACGGAUAUACUAGUGUGUUCAACCAUUCUGCUGUUGUCCUUCACCUUGCUUUUCCUCUUUGCUCCUACAAAUGUCUUUAUUAUCAUUAAAUAACGUACUUUCCUUUUUGUACACUGGGUUCUCCAGGCUAUGUACAAAGUUUUGGCAGCUACUUAACAAAAGAUGACUUUCAGUGUCAUCAGCAGUGUACAAAAGUUCAGUGUCCCCGUCAGAACUGAAGGCAAUGGUUCUCCACAAUUUCUGUGAAUUUUGCAAAAAAUCUAGUUUGCUUUUGUAAUUUAUAGUUUUGAUGGCUAGUUGAAUAAAUUUUUGUUGACUACUUAUCAAUAUGUAAGGUUUUCCCAUUUUGUCUUUUGCCUUUUGACUGUUUAUACUCU